UUUGUUCCCAUCAUCUUGCUCUAUAUAUACCUUUCCUAACAUUACAUUCCCAAACACAAAUUCCAUACAUAACUCCUAGAGAUCACUUUACCUCUCCUUUUCUUCUUUAUCUAGCAACUAUUUCAACAGAGAAACCGAAUCAACAACGAGGAAUGGAUGAGAAAUUAAGCUUGACGGUUUCAGAUGCGGUGGACUACAAGGGCUGCCCGGCCGAAAGGUCCAAAACCGGUGGCUGGAUCCCGGCUGCACUUAUCCUAGGGAUCGAAAUCGUUGAGAGGCUUUCGACGAUGGGAAUAGCAGUGAACCUGGUGACCUACUUGGGGGGAGUGAUGCAUCUGCCGAGCUCUACCUCCGCCAACAUCGUCACCGACUUCAUGGGCACUUGUUUCCUCCUCUGCUUAUUGGGUGGAUUUCUCGCGGAUUCUUUCCUCGGACGCUACAAAACCAUUGGAAUUUUCGCGGUCGUGCAGACGCUGGGAACUGGCAUGUUGGCCAUAGUGACCGAGCUUCCGCAGCUCCGGCCACCUCCUUGCAACCGACACAGCGCGGAAUGCAAGGAAGCCAACGGGCUACAGAUGGCAGUGCUCUACCUGGCAUUGUAUCUGAUAGCACUUGGCACGGGUGGCCUCAAGUCGAGCAUCUCGGGUUUCGGAACAGACCAGUUCGACGAGAAAGAUGAGAAGGAAAAGGCCCAGAUGGCCUACUUCUUCAACAGAUUCUUCUUCUUCAUUAGUAUCGGCACUCUCACAGCCGUCACCGUCCUCGUCUACCUCCAAGACGAAGUCGGCCGGAGCUUGGCCUACGGGAUCUGUUCCAUCGCCAUGCUCAUCGCCAUUUUCAUAUUCCUUUCUGGGACUAAGCGUUACAGGUACAAGAAGAGCUCCGGUAGCCCCAUGAUCCAGAUCUUCCAGGUCAUUGCCGCCGCCAUGAGUAAGCGCAAGAUGAACCUUCCUUAUGACGUCGGGAUGCUCUAUGAAGACACACCGGAAGCUUCUAGAAUCCACCACACUGACCAAUUCCGAUUCUUGGACAAGGCGGCUAUAGUAGCGGAAGGAGAUCUGAACGGUUCGACAGCGGGGCCGAAUCCAUGGAAGCUUUGCUCGGUGACGAAGGUGGAGGAAGUGAAGAUGAUGGGGAGAUUGCUACCGAUAUGGGCGACCACCAUAAUAUUCUGGACGACUUACGCGCAAAUGAUCACGUUUUCGGUGGAGCAGGCGUCGACCAUGGACCGCUCCAUUGGCAAUUUUCAAAUUCCGGCCGGCUCACUCACGGUCUUCUUUGUCGCUGCCAUUCUCCUCACCUUGGCCGUCUACGACCGCCUCAUCAUGCCACUUUGGAAGAAAUGGAGAGGCAAACAAGGUUUCACCAGCCUGCAAAGGAUCGCCAUCGGGCUAGUGCUAUCAACAAUCGGAAUGGGGGUAGCCGCCGCGGCCGAGAUGAAAAGGCUCUCGGUGGCAAAAUCAUUCAGCCGCGCAUCCACGGCUCUCCCCAUAAGCGUCUUCCUCCUCAUCCCGCAGUUCUUCCUAGUGGGCGCGGGCGAGGCGUUCAUCUACACAGGCCAGCUCGAUUUCUUCAUCACGCAAUCCCCCAAAGGCAUGAAGACAAUGAGCACAGGCCUCUUCCUGACCACCCUCUCCCUCGGCUUCUUCGUCAGCAGCUUCCUGGUAUCCGUAAUCAAGAAGGUCACCACGAGCAACGGGGGCCAGGGGUGGCUCGCGGACAACAUAAACUACGGGCGCCUGGACUGCUUCUACGGGCUCCUGGCCAUUCUCGGGGUGGUUAACCUUGGUAUAUAUCUGAUUUGCGCGGCGUGGUACAAGCCGGAUAAGGUUAAGCCUUCGCCGCAAAUGGAGGCCAACGGUGAAGACAAGUGCUAGUGCAGUUAAAGAAACAUAUGAAUGAAUGUAUCUGUUGUUUUUUUCAGCACUGUUACUUAAUUUUCGUCUGCUUUUUUGGAAUCCAUGCAUCACUGUAAAAUCAUUUGUGUGUUGAAAUGAUGAGAGCUUUGUUGCUCUAUAAAAUAUCCUUACAUGAGCUCAA